AUGGUAGAUCUGACAAGUGCAGCAACCAACAAAACAAACCCUGGUAAUGAGAUUUGAACACAAUGAAACAUACAGCAGUGAUGGUGCACAGCAAUAAAUGUAAUAUUCACUGUGGAUCUCUUAUAGAGAGACACUAUGCAUCCGUGUUAUAGACUUAGGUGCAUACUAGGUGUAUUAAUAUUAAUAACUGGUGCAAACAGUGAUUUUGUGACCAAACAGUAAUAAUACAUAAAUAUACAACAUACACUCUGGUAUCUAAUAAAUAAUCAAGAUCCUGGAACUACAGCUGAUUGAAGGUGACUUAUUUACGUAAAAUAAAAUACAAAAUAAUUAACUAAAAAUAAAAUCCAAUGUAAACAAGGUGUGAUUGUGACGGACCGCCUGGCACCCCAACCGGGUACCUCAGUCAAUCGAUGGUCCUAGUGCUCACCGAGGACUUCAAGCACUCCACUAGACACCAUCAGCACCGUAGACCCAACAAACCGCCGCAGCUUGGUUGGGGUCUCGCCGUCCUUCACCAACCCUGGACCCAAGACCAGGAUCCAGCUUCCAGUGGGUGAACCUCUCCUACUCCAGAGAGUGUAGCAGGCUACUCUUAAAAAAGCAAAUGAUUAGAAGCUAGGGGAGUAUAAUGAACAUAGCAAUCCCCAGAGUGAAUAUAGCUGUCCCCUCUACACAUGAGACGAGGCUUUAUGUUGAGGGUGAAGAGGAACUGGUCUCCUUUUAUGACAAUCCCCAUGCAAGGGGUACGCCCACAUGGACCUUGUUGGGGACUCUAACACAAAGACACAGACCAAUAAGAACAGUGAUUAAAUGCACAAUACUCCCAUAACAAACAUACAAUCCCUCCUCUCUGCCUUGGAGAUAAUUGAGUCAGAUACUGUAUCAAUUCAAUUAUCUCCACGCAGAAAAAACACAUAUUUUAUAAAACCCCAAAAGUACCCCAAAACUACAUAAAACCCCACAAACGUUUCUGAUAGCCCUGAUCUGGGUGACCAACAUAUCCAAAAAUCCCCCAGAUGAGUUCAGGGGUUCAGUAAUUUCCUGGAAGUCAUAGUUUUUACCAACCGCAGGCGUGGUCCCAUAGCCAAAAAUAGUUCCAGGACAUUCGCGGCUAAGUCCUCCUGAAGUCUAUUCGUGGUUUUGGUGCAUGUGAACAAGAUGGCUGCUACCUCGUGGUCAUCCAUAGGAAUUGCGGCCACCCAGACGAACACUUAGACAGUGGAAAUUUCAACAAUGUAUCAAUUAAGCUUAACAAGCUCCAGGGUGGUCUCCGGUUUGUGUGGCUGCUCAGUUACCAAAACAGGCCCCUCCAAGGACUCGUGGCAAACUCACAGGAAAGGAAGAGUUUGUCACAGUGGUCUAUUGUUAAAGGGGAAAUAUUUAGGGCUUAGCUCCAUGAUACCCCAGGCUCCUUUCACAAAGUCUGAACCCCUUUUCUAUCUUGUGGGGGCUACUGUUCUUAUUCUACACAUACACAGUAGUCAGUGCACUUGCCUAUUUGUUUAGUUGUACUUCUGCUUGAGCUCCAAUGGAUUGAAAUAUUAUUAUUUAAUGGUACGUGACUGUGUUUUCUAAUUAAUGGAUUAGGUUUUUCCACUUUAUAUUUAUAUUUCCAUUGUAUCACAAUAUAUAAAAAAUAAUGUAAAACAAUAAAUCAAAUAAAACCACAUACAGUAUCUCCCAAAAGUGAGUACACCCCUCACAUUUUUGUAAAUAUUUUAUAUCUUUUCAUGUGACAACACUGAAGAAAUGACACUCUGCUACAAUGUAAAGCAGUAAGUGUACAGCCGGUAUAGCAGUGUAAAUUAGCUGUCCCCUCAAAAUAACUCAACACACUUGAUGUCCAAACUGUUGGCAACAAAAGUGAGUACAUUCCUAAGUGGAAAUGUCCAAAUUGGGCCCAAAUUAGCCAUUUUCCCUCCCCGGUGUCAUGUGAGUCAUUAGUAUUACAAGGUCUCAGGUGUGAAUGGGGAGCAGGGGUGUUAGAUUUGGUGCUAUCGCUUUCACACUCUCAUACUGGUUACUGGAAGUUCAACAUGGCACCUCAUGGCCAAGAACUCUCUGAGGAUCAGAAAAAAAAGAAUUGUUGCUCUACAUAAAGAUGGCCUAGGCUAUAAAAAGAUUGCCAAGACCCUGAAACUGAGCUGCAGCAUGGUGGGCAAGACCAUACAGCGGUUUCACAGGACAGGUUUCACUCAGAACAGGCCUCGCGAUGGUUGACCAAAGAAGUUGAGUGCAUGUGCUCAGCGUCAUAUCCAGAGGUUGUCUUUGGGAAAUAGACAUAUGAGUGCUGCCGGCAUUGCUGCAGAGGUUGAAGGGAUGGGGGGUCAGCCUGUCAGUGCUCAGACCAUAUGCCGCACACUGAAUCAAAUUGGUCUGCAUGGCUGUCUUCCCAGAAGGAAGCCACUUCUAAAGAUGAUGCACAAGAAAGCCCACAAACAUUUACUGAAGAGAAGCAGACUAAGGACAUGAAUUACUGGAACCAUAUACUGUGGUCCGAUGAGACCAAGAUAAACUUAUUCGGUUCAGAUGGUGUCAAGUGUGUCUGGCAGCAGCAAGGUGAGGAGUACAAAGACAGUGUCUUGCCUAUAUUCCAAUAUUCCAAAAUGAUAAGAACCCUAAACACACCUCCAAGACGACCACUGCCUUGCUAAAGAAGCUGAAGGUAAAGGUGAUGGACUGGCCAAGCAUGUCUCCAGUCCUAAACCCUAUUGAGUUCUCCCCCCUCUCCUCUCCGUCUGCCUACGAGGUUGGCUCAUCAUUUGUGUUGCCAAACCGUAACAUAGGCACUGUGUCUCCGGCAGGUAUGGGCCAGUCUGGCAUCCUGGGCUGCGCUGCACUCUCAUCUGUCUGCAGGCCCAAGUCACCACCUGUUCCCUUCUUAUGAGGCGUUCCAUUUCAGGCCAGCAUCAUUGUAAAACUGUCAUGUUCCCCCAUCAGAACCUAGCAAUAUAGAGGCACUAGGUGCGGGUUUUAUAUGCUUUGUGGGCCAAUGUUGGGAGCCCUAUAUCGGAACUACUGAAUGUGACUGCCGGCUAGCAUGGCGGUCCCAUUCCCUUAGUGUGGCAACAUUUUUAUGAGUACAUUUUCUAUAAAAAUUAAACGAGAAGGUUGCACUUCUCGGCAUCAUGUUAAUUCAUCAUUAUAUCUAACUUACAUACUUGUGAAGUGUAACAAAUAAAAUUAAAUGUAGAAAUGCUGAACUCUUUAUCUUGCCAAUGGCUACCUCCAUCCUGGCUCCUUGUGAGUUAUUGUUAUAAACUCUGUUCUUUGUAUCUGACAGUCAGAGCAGGGAAAGCACACUAGCAAUAUUUGCCUUGUCUGUGCUGUAUCUGAAUUGGAAUAUGAUGUAAUCUGCUGAAUGUUUAAUAUAAUUUAAAAGAAAACAAAACAUCUCAUGAAAAAGGUUAACGUGUAAAUUCUAGAUUAUAGGGGAUUUUCAAUGUUUUACUCAAUGGUGUAAAUUCCAGUUCCGCUUUGCCAAUAUAAUUGAUGGUAUACUUUAGCCAUUAUGUUGAAGUAGGAUGUUAGCUGUCAGUUAUUCUUAUUCAAGACCAUUUAACUUGUUUUUUCUACUUGCAGCUCGCAGAAAAUCAAAGAAACGCAGAUUACUCUGCAUCUUUUUUUUAAUACUCCUUGUUCUCCUUGUGAUUAUUUCUAUCUGGUUCUGCAUAUUUGUCUCAACCGUCGACAUCCCAAAAGAGGGUGCAUGCAGCAGACAUGCAGAACUACAACCUUACUACAAAGGAAGAGGGGACAUUAAGCCACUUCUCAUCCUUGUCUGGACAUGGCCGUUCGGAGAGCGCUUUCCAUUGGACACUUGCCUGUCAGAGUUUGGUGUCCCGGGGUGCAACCUGACAAUAGAUAGAAAUGUCUCUGACCACGCUGAUGCUAUAAUCAUUCAUCAUUAUGAUAUAAUGCAAAGUAGAGAUUUACUGCCCAAGGGUCCAAGACCUCAUUACCAACGAUGGGUUUGGUUCAACUUUGAAUCUCCUAUUAUCAUAAAGAACCUUGAUAUGGUAGAGAAUCUUAUAAACCUGACAAUGACCUAUAGACAGGACUCUGAUAUCUUCAUUCCCUAUGGUUUUCUGAAGCAAAUGAAUAUACCUCAAACCUUUACCAUUCCCACCAAGACCAAGCUUGUGGCGUGGUUAGUUAGUAUGUGGUACUCAGGUAACCGUAGGACUAAGUACUAUGAAGAGCUUAGGAAAUACAUCCAAAUUGAUGUCUACGGAAAGGAACACAAACCACUUAAUUGGGAAGAUUUUUCAAGCACCCUUGAACAGUAUAAAUUUUACUUAGCAUUUGAAAACUGUGGACACAAGGACUACAUUACAGAAAAGUUAUGGCGUAAUGCGUUUGGCAAUAUGAUGGUUCCUGUGGUUCUUGGAGCUACCCGGGAAAAUUAUGAACGCUUCAUGCCUUCAGACUCUUUCAUUCACGUGGAUGAUUUUUCCAGCCCUAAAGAUUUGUCAGAAUUUUUGCUAGUCCUUGAUAAAGACGAUGUGAAGUACAAGCAAUACUUCAACUGGAGAUCACGUUACACUGUGGAAAGAAACAUAGGUUGGGAUACUCACUUCUGCAAAGCUUGUUCUGUUUUACAUCAGGUCAAUGGCUACCAGACUAUACCAAGCAUAGAGAAAUGGUUCAUAAACAAGUGACUAGUACUCUCCAUGCUCACCAACGGUUUAAUAACGUAUUAUAAACUCUCCUCCUGUGUUAACGUCUUCAUACUAGAAAUGUACACAAUAUAAGACAGUUUAAUUUAUAGAUUUUUUUAAUUGAAAGGUAGACCAGGUUCUCCAAAAUGUAUACCUCAGUCCAAGGACUCAACAGUCUAACUCUAAGG